GAUGACGUAGUAAAAUACCCCGCUCGGUAGUCUUUCCGCAAGCAUCGGUGACCUUGUGCGUCUGUGUGUUUGACUUCACGUUUUCUUAGUUUGCAAGAUGGCACCUCCAGGUUAUGGUGAUCUUGGAAAAUCUGCACGUGAUUUAUUUUCCAAGGGUUACAAUUAUGGAUUCUGGAAGCUGGAGGCGAAGACAAAAACUGAAAGCGGUGUAGAAUUCACCACGUCGGGUAGUUCCAGUUCCGACACAGGCAAAGUGUCGGGCAGUCUGGAGACGAAAUACAAGUGGUCUGAUUAUGGACUGACAUUCACAGAAAAGUGGGACACUGAUAAUGUUUUAAAAACAGAAAUCACCAUUGAAGACCAGUUGGCCAAAGGCUUGAAACUGGCAUUUGAUACGUCAUUUGCACCACAAACUGGUAAGAAGAGUGGUAAGAUCAAGACCGGAUACAAGAUGGAUUACUUGAAUCUCAACUUUGAUGUUGACUUUGACUUUGCUGGUCCUACUCUCCAUGGGGCUGGAGUCUUCGGCUAUAAUGGCUGGCUGGCUGGAUAUCAGAUGUCCUUUGACACAUCAAAAUCAAAGCUUUCCAAAAGUAACUUUGCUGUGGGAUACACACAGGGAGACUUUACACUUCAUACAAAUGUUAAUGAUGGUCAGGAGUUUGCUGGUUCCAUCUUCCAACGAGUGAAUUCUGAGCUGGAAACUGGCGUCAUGCUGUCAUGGACAUCAGGAACGAAUGCAACCCGAUUUGCCCUCGGUGCAAAAUACACUUUAGAUAAAAAUUCAACCCUAAGUGCAAAAGUAAAUAAUUCCAGUCAAAUUGGUCUUGGCUUUACACACAAAUUGAAAGAUGGAAUGAAGCUGACCCUGUCCACGUUGAUAGAGGGCAAGAACUUCAAUGCAGGAGGACACAAGCUCGGCCUUGGUUUGGAUCUAGAGGCUUAACAACAGCCACUGCUGCCUGUGUUUGUAGACUCUGCUAAACAUUGUAUAUUUAAUGCUGGUGAUUCUUCAUUAUCCAUUCUCAUGGGAAACAGAAUUGGUAUCCCACGAUAAAAGACAGUUAAAAUUUCUAGCCAAGACAUGCGGACGACUCAGGCUUAUAAAAUCUUUUGUGUUCAAAGUGGAUUUGACUGGUGACGCUUACUCAGUAAUAGUAUGGCAGUAUGAGUUAAAACCCUUUAGAUUCCAAGGUUUUGUAAGCCUGGUGCUAUGGUCUGUUAAAAACCUAAACUGAAACUCCAUACUUUACAUUGUUUUUGACCACCUGGAUAGUUUGCAUUACCUUGGAAUAGUGAUUUCUACUUUGUACAUGAUUGUGGAUGCAAAAUGUUUUCUAAGCCUGAGGCGAGGUUUUUUAGCAUGAUCUUGCCAAAGUUUGUAUUGUGUGUACUUUUCAUCAAUUCUAUUGGCUCCCUUUUUGCUUGUCCAAGAAAAAAGGCAAAUAAAGUGACAGCCGUGUGUUAUUCCUGAAAUUAUAAGCAGAUCCUGUAUUUAUGUAUGCUUUUGUUAAAAAAGACUUAGUGAAGCUUCAGUAUUUUAUUUAUAGACAAUAGGAAAGGUUUCAAAAAUGUUAUUUUAAGUGUAUUGCAACCAUAUUUGUGUUAAAUAUUAAACUAGUAUCGAUUCAGUUUGCUGUGACUGUUUAUAUAAUCUAAAAGAAUGGGUGGUGUAAAAAAAAAAUCUGAAGUUCAGCAGCCACAUGUUAAAAUAUAUUUCAUUACUCUCUUCAUCUACAUUAUAGUCUGUAAUUCUGCUGUAGUUCAGGUCAAUAUGAACUUUGACUGGAUUAUGCUAAAUUAGUCGCACCAAUCUAAUUAAAUUGUACAGUGUAUUUUUGUGAUACUAUUCUUUGUAGUGUUGCCAAGGGUUUUGCCUGAUUCUUUCUACAUUUCAUCUUAGAUGAAGUCUUGUGGAUUGCAGAAACUAUAUUGAUACAUGAUUGUGGUUCUAUAACUGGAUUGUUUACAACUGCCACAUGUUCAAAUGAUUUCAAGUUUUCUGUAAUAACACCUUCAUUUCUGAAAAAUCUAUUGACAGCACCUCCUUGAUACGACCAAGACUGAGAGACAGUAGGAUUUGACUUGAAAAUGGGCAGAAUUUUAAAAAUAGCAAUUAGUAAAAUAGUUAAUAGAAUAAAUGUUUAAAAAAA